GACCUUCGUCCAAAACCGGAACAUUGCAAUGCUCCAUAAUUAAUGGUUUACGAUAUUUACCAAACGUGGUACAAGGAGUCUACUCAUGGAUAAUAGCACAAGAGAAAAAAUUUUAUGUAUCUAAUAAAUGAAAAUUAUGCAUGUCACUACAAAAGCGGAAAAUGAAAGCGGAAGUACAGAAUAACAAUUUCAAUUCUUCGAAGAAGAACAAUUUCUAAGUAUUCGAUUCUACUAUAUACAUUAAACUGUACAGCUAAAUGAAUAUUUUUUUCACAUCAGAACUCCUAGUUUACCGUCGAUAAGAACAUGUCCAUGUUGCAAAAGAAAACUUCCAAAAUAAUGUCCGAGGAAGAUUUGAACCUUAUUGCUGCUGGAUUUAGCGGAAUUCUCGGAUUUCAUGUUGUUCAUGGCCCUGCUGGCCACGGACUGCCAAAACUUUCUAUUCAUGAACUCUUCUACUGUACGUACGUUCCGCGAUCGCUCGAAAAUGUGCCUCCCGAAGACCUGUUUGAUGUUCACAUUAAAAGGAUAACAGGAUCGACUACAACUAUUCAAGUUACCAGAGACCACAACAUUGGUGAAGUAAAAGCAGCAGUUGAAAUAAAAUCGAAAAUUCCAGCUCGUGAUCAACAGCUUAUGUUCAAUAAAACUCGUUUACAAGACCACCACACAAUCGCCGAACUCGGAGUCCAACCGUCUGGUACAAUAUUUCUUCUUAUUCGCGCCAAAGAAGGAGGACCUGACAUUCAGUUGGAUCCCAGCGACCUUGAUCCAAGAUAUAACUAUGACUUUACGAGCGCGUCUGAUGAUGGGAAGGUAUACAUGAGAGGAGGAAAGCAAUACAAACGUCCUUAUGGAUGGAAUAGAUAUGCGGUUAAAGUCCUCGGAAUUUACGGUUCCAACGAAUGGCUUGGACCAGACGGUAUGAGAACAGAACAAGCGCAAGGUGAAUGGCCUGUUUCUUAUCAUGGCACGAAAUUGCAAGCAGCGAUUUUGAAAGCAGGGUACACUAUUGGACAGAAAGAACGCCAUUUUGAAGGCGUUUAUUCAAGUCCAGAUGUAAAUACUGCUGCUACGUAUGCUCAUGAAUUCACGCACAAUGGUUGUCAGUGGAAAAUCGUUCUGCAAAACCGCGUUAAUCCUGCCCCGGGUCGUCUGGAGAUCAUCACCGCCGACAAAACAAAUGCUGGAAUCGAAUGCUGGGUGUCACCAAAGCAAGACAAGGAUAACGGUGUUCACGAUGUUCGGCCUUAUGGAUUGUUGUUUAAAAAGGUGUGAUGAUGGUAAAGUUGUAUGUCGUCUUCACUGGACUUCAUAGUUAAAGUAAUAAAUCGGAAAUCGUAAUUUUGUAAUUUUAGAAGUAACUAGCUGACUCUGUAUGUAGUGUAUGCUAUAGAUCUGGCAACAACAGUUGUAGUUAGGUUUGAUAUCAUAUACUUACGUAGGGUCAAGUACAUCUCGUGCGAAACUAUCUUGAACUACUAAUCCGUCGACAUAUAUACAGCAUUGCUUAGUCAAAACAUCAAACAUGCACUUACAAAUUAUAUACAGAAAUAUUUUAUUAACAUCGAGCUUGGACAUUUAUGAUUCAACACAAUUGUUUUAUUGUCAACUUGUUUCUUAUAAAAAUGAUGUGGAGUAAUAAUUUACUAAAUCAUUAAUUACUACAUUACUUAGAUUUCAAAAGUUUUAAGCCAUUUCCUUUAGUAUUAUUAAGGAUUUUCAUUGCAAAAUAUACAAAUGACCCAUGGA